GAAGGCAACUGGAACAGUGGUUGGCUGAGAGCAAAGGUCCUGGUGGGAGGGGAGGGCUCAGCUGGGCUGGCUGGAGCGGGGCAGAGCGUGGGAGCACCAAGCGGGCCGGAGGGAGGUUGUGUACAGCAGUGAGGAGCCUGCAGAGGAACAUGGCGCUGCUCUGGGGGCUCCUGGCGCUCAGCCUCUCCUGCCUGUCAAGCCUGUGCUCAGCGGGGUUCCCUCUCCUCUCCCCCUCCCUCUCUCAGCAGUUCUCUCCUGUGAGCACCAUGGAGCCCUUGGAUAUGCAGCUAAUGAGCGGGCAGGCCCAGCAGAAGCUGCCCCCACUUUCCCUCCUCAAGCUGGACAACCAGGAGCCAGGUGGCCAGAUUGCCCCGAAGAAGGCCCCAGAAGACUGCAAGUUGUCCCCAACCCCGGAGCAGACACGCAGGCUGGCCCGGGCCAUGAUGACCUUCACCACAGACCUCUUCUCCCUGGUGGCCCAAAGCUCCACCAGUCCCAACCUCAUCCUGUCACCUCUGAGUGUGGCCCUGGCACUGUCUCACCUGGCACUAGGUGCUCAGAACCAAACGCUGCAAAGGCUGAAAGAGGUGCUGCAUGCAGACUCAGGGCCCUGCCUCCCCCACCUGCUCAGCCGCCUCUGCCAGGACCUGGGGCCUGGGGCUUUCCGGUUGGCUGCCAGAAUGUAUCUGCAGAAAGGAUUUCCCAUCAAAGAGGACUUCCUGGAACAAUCAGAACAGCUCUUUGGUGCAAAGCCCAUGAGCCUGACGGGAAUGAAGGGGGAGGACCUGGCGAACAUUAACCAAUGGGUGAAGGAGGCCACGGAGGGGAAGAUCGAGGAUUUCCUCUCAGAUCUGCCAGAUGACACAGUGUUGCUUCUCCUCAAUGCCAUCCACUUCCAGGGCUUCUGGAGGAGCAAGUUCGACCCGAACCUCACACAGAGAGAUGCUUUCCACCUGGACGAGCAGUUCACGGUGCCGGUGGACAUGAUGCAAGCCCUCACGUAUCCGCUGCACUGGUUCCUGCUGGAGCAGCCUGAGAUCCAGGUGGCUCAUUUCCCCUUUAAGAACAACAUGAGCUUCGUGGUCCUGAUGCCCACCCGCUUUGAGUGGAACGUAUCCCAGGUGUUGGCCAACCUGACCUGGGACAUCUUGCACCAGCCCCUGCUGCGGGAGAGGCCCACCAAGGUCCAGCUGCCUAAGCUGCGUCUCAAAUACCAACUGGACCUGGUGGCCACCCUCAGCCAGCUGGGCCUGCAGGAGUUAUUCCAGGCCCCGGACCUGCGUGGGAUCUCCGAUGAGAGGCUGGUGGUGUCCAGUGUGCAGCAUCAGUCGGCGCUGGAGCUCAGCGAGGCCGGCGUGCAGGCGGUCGCGGCAACCAGCACGGCUAUGUCCCGCAUGUCCCUAUCCUCCUUCAUCGUGAACCGCCCCUUCCUCUUCUUCAUCCUUGAGGACAGCACGAGCCUGCCCCUCUUCGUGGGCAGUGUGAGGAACCCCAACCCGGGCGCGCAGCCGGAGCGCAAGGAGCAGCAGGACUCCCCCGACGGCAAGGACUCCUUCCAGGAUCACAAAGGCCUCCCCCGCGGAGACAAGCCCUUCGACCCAGACUUGAAACUUGGGCCACCCUCGGAAGAGGAUUACCCUCAGCCUAGCAGCCCCAAGUGAGGGGCUGUGGCCUCCAUCAUCCCGAGUCUCUGCUUGGACCAACCUCUCAACUCAUGUGACUCUUUCCAAAAACAGCUUUGUGGGAUUGGGGCUGGGGGCCUAGGGAGGGCAGUCUGGGAGAGGGGAGGAAGGGAGCCGUUCUCUUGUCUCCUCUUGGGGAGUUUGGGAUGGGGUGGCGCUGGGAGGAGGGCAGGCAUCAGGGAACCAUGGGCCUCGGUCCCACAUCGCUUCUUCCAAAGAGGCCCAGAGGGUGUCCUGGUUUGGGGCUCAGACAGAGGGGCAGCGGUGGAUCAUUUUGUCGGGAAGGUAGGUAGUUUAUUCCCUAGGGCAGCUGUGUGCCUCCACACUUGUUUACCAGAGAGGGAGGGACAGGGAGGAGGGGACACCCUGGCCGAGGAGAGGGGGCGGCUGUCUUGAGGUUGCACAACACGGGUGGAGGUUGAGCUCCCUGCACCACUGCCUCCUGAGCUGCCCAGGGCCCACCAGCCUCCCGCCCACUGUCACCUCAGUCUCCCCGCUGGUCCUUGGAGGUACCAACACUGCCAAGACUCCUCUUCUUCCUUCUCCCCUCUGCCCCCUCUGCGCUGCGUCUCAGUGGCUGAGAGGGUGGGGAAGGGGGGGCAUUAGCUGCCGAAGGCUCUUUUGUAAAGUUUUUGUAGUGAUUUUUACGCCACCUGAAUAAAGAAUGAAUGGGCCUGUC